CGGAACACAAGAAGACAACAAGAGAUGGCGAUUAACCAAAUGCAAGGGUACCCCGCUGUGGGGGGCUCCAGCAUUCUUUGGGCCGGUCAGGGCGCUGCAUUUAACCCUAUGCAGCCCAUGAACCAGUUCACGGACUGGCUUGCUUCCGACAAUUUCCUCAAGCCCAUGAACCAGUUCACGGACUGGCUUGCUUCCGACAAUUUCCUCAAGCCCAUGAACCAGUUUACGGAUUGGCUUGCUUCCGACAAUUUCCUCAAGCCCAUGAACCAGUUUACAGAUUGGCUUGCUUCCGACCAUUUCCUCAUCAAGUCUCUUGCACUCGACCGCGAUUUCAGUUCCUUGGCAGCGACCUCGUUUCGACUGAUGCGGCCUCUCCGUUCACGUAACCGAGGAUGACCUUGGCUCUUCUCCAGUUCCGUGACCGAGGAUGAAACGCGGCCAGCUCUUCGAAGUCAGCACAGAAAUCAGCGCUCGACCCCUUCGCACACAAGGCAGCCAAUUUCACAAGGAACGGCGAGGCAUUCUGAGCUCGAACCAAAGUUGUCAAUUCCAAGCAUGGGUCGUCACUUUGCAGGGCAGGAUGGGGUCAAU